GUCGACACUAUUAUUUUUUUUAAAAUGUAUCACAAACCACAUUGACAAGUUUCCGACUUUUUUAUUUUAUUCCUAUUUUCUCCUUGAACAUGAUUAAGAAUCUUGGGAAAUUUAAACAAUGGACAGGUGAAAAAUUCGGUGGAGCCAAAGUCACUUUACAAACCGAGGAUUUUCAAAAACUAGAACAAGAAACCGAAAAAAGAAGAGAAGGUUAUGAACGUGUGAUAGAGGCUGUUGAAAUUAUUCAUUCGUAUCUCCUCAAAAGAAAAACUUCGCCAGAGGAUAACAAGACCAAAGCCAUGCCGUUUGAAGUCCUCGGUUCUUGCUUAUAUCAUUAUGGAACUAUCUAUCCCGAAGAUUCUGCAUUAGGUAUCGCCUUGAUCAAUUUAGGCCAAACCGAAACUCGUAUCGCUGCUCUUCAAGAAGCACUGGCACAAGAUAUACACACUGGCUAUUUAACAACACUGGAAAACGGUUUAUUAGAGUAUAAAGAAUACGAUUCUCUUCGAAAGAAGCUUGCUUCUCGUAGACUGGAUUAUGAUUCUAAACUGAAUCGACUAAAUAAGGCUAAAAAAGAAAAGCCGGAGCUUGAACAAGAAAUGCAAGCUUCCAGGAUUAAAUAUGAAGAUACCGAACAUGAUUUAAUUCAAAAGAUGGCAUAUAUUCAGGAGUUUGAGAAUGAACACCGAGAUGCCUUGUUUAAUUUAGUGGAAGCACAAUGUACAUAUCAUAAUCAGGCUAAAGAGUUAUUCGAGACUAUAAAAAGUAAUUGGGGCCAAGAGGACUCCGUCGCCCCAUCUAUACAAACUCCUGCUGCGGCUGCUGUCACUAUGAAUGGUGAAGAUCCGACCUCUAAAGGUCGUUUUAGACCCACCUCGUUACGCCAACAAAGUCCAGCUAGUAGUAGUGACGAUUAUAAUACCAGUGUCUAUAGUAGCGAAUCCGUUAUUCAUCACACACUCCCUACACGUGUUCCACCCCCCACCAAUUUACCUUCUAGACAAACUUCUACACAUGACUUUGAUAAGCAUCGAAAGGCUCUCUUUGACUUUACUGGUCAAAAUGACGAUGAGAUUUCUUUUAAAACCGGGGAUAUCAUUGCGGUCAUUGAUGAAAUUGAUAAAGGAUGGUGGUUAGGUGAGGCUCAUUCCAAACGAGGUAUAUUCCCUGUAAAUUACACUGAA